AUGUGAUGGGGAUUGAACGACCAUCAGAUAUAUGUGAGGCAGACAAAUCCAAGGGCUUCCAGGUUUCUGGCUUGGGCAACUGGUUGGUUAUGGGUUGCAGUUCACAGGGUCAGGGAAACUACGCGGAGGACGAAUGGUGUGUAAGAAGACGAAGUCCUACUUGGUAAAAACGUGAGCAGCACUGCCGGGAAAAAACCGAAAUAAACCGUACCAAGCGCAUGCGGAUCAAGAACACAUUUCACUAAGAUGGCGGCUCCCCUGCUGGACGCAGGCUCCCUUACGUCAUCACACUGCGCGGCCGCCUUUCGCGCACCACGUCGGAAAGUAGCAGGCGGGCUGAUGGCCCGGUCCCAGGCCAGAGGGCGUGCCCUAUUCAUCCCUGGCGCAAGAUGGCGCUGCCUUUUGCACGUUCGCUGUUCUUGUGCCGCUGGGGAGCUAAACGAUUGGCGGCAGCCGUCGCGGAAGCCCGCAGAGGCAUCAGUUUCAAACUGGAAGAAAAAACCGCCCACAGCAGCCUGGCGCUCUUCAAAGGUGACACAGGUGUCAAGUAUGGCAUAGUAGGAUUGGAGCCCACCAAGUUGGCCCUGAAUGUGGAGCGCUUCCGGGAAUGGGCCGUAGUGCUGGCAGACACAGCAGUCACCAGUGGCAGGCACUACUGGGAAGUGACAGUGAAGCGCUCCCACCAAUUCCGAAUAGGAGUGGCAGAUGUGGAUAUGUCCCGGGAUAGCUGCAUCGGUGUUGACGAUCGUUCCUGGGUGUUCACGUAUGCCCAGCGCAAGUGGCACACCAUGUUGGCCAACGAAAAAGCCCCUAUUGAGGGCAUGGGGCAGCCAGAGAAGGUGGGGCUGUUGCUGGAGUAUGAGGCCCAAAAGCUGAGCCUGGUGGAUGUGAGCAGGGUCGCUGUGGUCCACACGCUACAGACAGAUUUCCGAGGUCCAGUGGUACCUGCCUUUGCCCUAUGGGAUGGAGAGCUGCUGACCCACUCAGGGCUUGAAGUGCCUAAAGGCCUCUAGUAUGUGUUUCAUUGGAGUGCCCAAUCAUGCUCUUCCUUGGGUAGCCUCCUGGUGAAACUGUCUGAAGCCUUUUAAUUUUGCCGCUAAGCAACCUCCAACUCCCGCAAUUCAGUGUUAGGCCCUCUGUGCAAUAUCUUAGUCUUUUUCCUUUCCCCUACCCUGUGAAAACUAGGCACACAACCACCCUCUCCCCUCCCCCAAUCUACUGCCAGUUUCCUAGGCUACCCUGCGUGUACUUAAUGUGACUGGCUUCCUUCAGUCCCUCUGCCUCCCUGUGCCCAGACCUCAGACUGCAUUCAGUCCUGGGGUCUUAGCUUUCAACUUUGAAUUGAUUCAUCACUGUGAUACCUCUGCCUCCCUUUGCCCCCAUGUGAUUCCCCCCUCCCCCCACCUUGGGGCUCUACAGAAUCUCUCCAGAGUAAAUCCUUUCUACCUCUGGCUGGAGGAGUGGUACAAUGACUUGGCCCUUUCCCUGUAGCACAUACAGAGUCGACUCUGGCUCCCCAGGAAGUUCUUUACUGUCUCUGAAUGAAACAGAGCCCUUCUUUCCUAGUACCUCAGUGCCAGACUCUCAGCCCCACACUGCUGCAGCUAUCACCACCCAGAGUCCAUCUGCCUUAAUCUGCACAUCCCUGACAUCUGGUCAAUCCAUUAUAAUCAUUGGGCCAGUUACAACCAUGAUCAAAAGAGACAAGAUACUUGUGCCACAGUUGGAACUUCCAGAGGGAGGUGGGAGGCCUGAGGUCUUGCACAAUCCCUUUUUGAGCCUGCUCAGACCCAUGCCCUCACUAUUACCACCCACUCUCCCCUCCACCCCCUCCAGCAGUUGCUGUAUCCUAGCAACUCUAGGAUACAGUUAACCUAGAGUAGUAUUUAGGGUUGACGAAAACGUGGUGGGAUGAGUAUGUACGUGAAAUAUGUGUUGUUUGGGCUCUGUCUGACCUUGUGGUUCCCUCUUAUUCUACCUUUAUGAUGGUGACGCAGCUGGAUGCCCCUGUGGGAGAGAGAGAAGGACUGGGCUUAACAAUUAUAAUUUGUGUAAUUAAAGUUUAUUUGAGCACAAAAUACUUUCUCUGUCUAAAAAAUUAGCAGUAGCAGCAGUACUUCCUGGCUAAGGAGGGCAGACCUCUCCAGACUAUUAAAGUCUGGUGCAUAGCUGUCCCACUUCCUUUGUGGAUACAUACCUGUACAUGGUGGCUAGGGCCCCUUUACCAGAGCAUCUCUGUCUCUCUCAUGAUGUUUUUUAAAGAAAGGGAGAGGGGACCUGGGUGAAGACCUGGGAUGAUUUUGAGUGGGCUAAACCAUUAGGCUGUACCUCGAAGAAAGUCAGAGUCUCCAUGGAUUGCUCUACUGCAUGGGUCCACCAAGGCACUUCUCUAUACUCUGUCUGCCAAGGGAAUGGGGUAUUUUCACUCUCACAGAAAGCAGUAGCCUAAGUCUUGGUCCCCACUGAAGCAGUGCGGCUCUCCAUAGCAUGUUUGGUGGUUAUGGGUUAAGUGUGUGGCCAGUCAUGCUAUUUCUUGAGCAGGUACUGUAUGUGCACCCCAUGCUCACACCAUGCUCUCUAAGUUCUCCUUGGACAGGGCCUCGGCCGCGGCUUCGGCCUGAGUUUCAGAUGGUGUAUAGGAGUCCUGGUAAUCCUGAAGCAGUUUCACCACCUCCAGGUGGUUGAACUGCACAGCAUCAUCCAGGGGAAUGUUGCCCCACCUGAAAGGAACAAAGCCCAUGAUCAGGCAAAGAAGACAUUGAGAACGCUAUGGUUAAAUAGUGACUGUGGUGGCUGGAGGGCAGUGGGAGAAAAGCUGCUGCUCAGCCCUCCUUUUACCUUAAUCCUACUCACCUGUCCUUAACAAAAGGAUUCACUUUGCAAGCCUCAAUCAGGAAUUUAACAACUUCGAUGUGUCCUAGGAAUAUGGGCAAAAGGAAUUUGAGAUGGCACAGAUCCUGAGCCUUUUGGUGUUAACAUUAGUAUAGACUUUUGGCAGCUGGAGUCUGAACCAAAAUGGGAAAGGCCUCUUCCCAUUUUGCUCCCUGAAGCACCCAAUAAUAGUUGGCCUGCAAACUGCAGGGCAUCUGGACAAAACCAGUUCCUUCCCUUGUAACCUUAAGGGCAUAUUCGAUAGGGAUUACUCUUGUUAGAAAAGAAAGGCUCUUAGGGGGUGCCUAGCUGGCUCAGUCAGUAAGAGUAUGCAACUCUUGAUCUCA